AAAAAUCUUAUUCUCGAUAAUUUUUAAAAAGGUUUAAAAAAUGACCUCUAAUUUUAAUACUAAGCACCAGUUCAUUGCAUUUAUGAUAGUUGAUUGGCUUCAAAGCUGUUUAAAAGAAGGGAUUAUUCCAGAAGAAGAAAAAGAAGGAAUUGAGAUAGCAACUCACUGUAUUUCUGAAACCUUUUCAGUCUAUCCUUGUGAUAACGAACAACGAAAAAACCUUGGAAUAAAUUCUCAAACACUUACAAACAUUUUUGAACAGGCGCUGCAACAAACAGGAAGUUCUUCCCUUCUCACAACAGAAUUUACAGCUAGUAUAAAUACAACAUCUGAUAUAAAUCCAAACAAUAAAGCAAAGGCAGAAGAAUUUAAAUCUCAAGGAAAUAAUGCUAUGUUUAGGAAAGAUUAUUCUCAUGCUAUUUUCUGCUACACUGAAGCGCUGAAACUUUUUCCUAAAGAUGUUAUAUAUUUAUCUAAUCGUGCAGCAGCAUAUUCUGAAUCUGGGGAUAAUAUUUCUGCAAUAAAAGAUGCAAAAUUAGCAUUAGAAAUAAACCCAGACUAUGGAAAAGCAUACAGUCGUUUAGGUCAUGCCUAUUUUUCAAUGGGAGAAUACAAAGAAGCGUUGAAUGUAUAUCUAAAAGGUUUAAAAGUUGAUCCGAAUUCUGAAGUAAUGAAACGAGGAUAUGAACUGGUAAAAAAGAAUCUUACUGAACAUAAUGAUUCUGCUCCUAUACAGGAGAAAAAUCUGAAAUCUGAAGAUAUUUCCAAAACUUCGAAUUUAAAUUCUUCAAGUGAAACACCUAGAGUUGGAAUUCCCGAUUUUACAUCUAUGAUGAAUAAUCCUGCCUUUAUGUCUGUAGCACAAAAUUUAAUGUCCUCAGGUGCUUUAAAUAACUUAUUAAAUAAUCCUCAUGUUGCGCGAUUGGCACAAAAUAUUAUGAGCGGCGAACAAACUCCUAAUAUUCAGGAUAUAAUAAAUGACCCAGAAAUGAGAAAUAUAGCUAGAAAUUUUAUGGGAAGUUUUAAUGGAGGAAAUGCCAGACAAUUUUCGGAUUCAAAUUAAAAUAAUAAAAAGG